AUGGAUGGUGAAUUCUUUACCGUUUGUUUGAGGGAAUUAAUUCGAACUCAUCCACAACAAGACACUCUGUUACAUUUCUUUCAUGCCCUAGAGUGUGAUGCUGAAGAAGUAGUACUUGAUGACACUCAAUUAUUCUUAUCUGUGUCAUAUCUUCAAUGCCUGUAUAUGCAAUCAUCAUUUGCCAAUCGUGCUGCCAUUCUAAGAAUUUUAUUAUCACUCGAAAUAUUCGCUAAUGAAUCAAUUUUCGAGAAAUUCAACAUUGAUUCUUUAGCAGCAAUCAGUUUACGAAACCCACUUCCAGAUCCUGCACCUAAAGUUGAUGAAGAGAGAAUUGCUGUAUUCAGGCAUGUUUUACUGCAAUUAAAAGGAAGGCAAACAUUAUCAGAUACCAUCGGUAGAGCAUUAGUUAAUGCCUACAGCAUUCCGAAUAAUACUUAUUCUCCGUUAAUAUUUGCCUAUCUCUGUGAAGCAAUUACAGUAAAUCCAGAUAUUUCAUGUAAAACAGAAAUAAUCAACAUCAUUGUCGAUAAAUUAGUUGAGACAGCUGAUGUUAAUCUAGUCAAUCUCAUCUGCUAUUGCCUGGAAAAUAUUUAUUCGCCAUUCAUUCCGAAGCACACUUUAUCAAGAAUCAUCUCACCUAUCAUUUCUGUCGAAGAAGUUAAACCAGAAACAAUAGCAUCAUCGGUAAAAGCAUUAACAUACAUUUUACAAUCGUGGCCGGGCCUUUUAGGCUUCAUUAUUCCAUCAAAAACUUUUGAGGACAUUGCAAUCUGUAUUGAGCAUGAUACAAAAUCUAUUUCAACCAUUCUUGCAAAUACUCUCGAAGCUUGGCACAAGAAACCAACCGUUUUGACAGGAUAUAUCGGAUUUUUACUUUAUCAGCUCCGUUCAAGCGGCCUAUACGAUAUUCUCAAGCAGAAGCUUCCUACAAACGAUCCUGCAAUCCGUUUACUUGAACCUUACGAGUCAUUUGAUGCUCCUUAUACAGAAAACAAGGAAAUCUUCAUUUCAUCCUCGAACAAUGCCGAAAUAUUACGAGCUACUAUGAAACCAGUCCAAAACAACCGAAUCUUAAUCAAUUGUCCCGAAUUACCUCAAGAUAAUACCGGCUGGGACUGGAACUACAUCUACAACUACCUUACUAUUGUUCUUCCAAACAAUCCUAAAGAAGCAUACGGAGCUCCACAGACCGUUUUCUACAAAGAUUUAUUAAAUUAUUUCAGUGGCCCAUUUAUGACGAUCGAACCUACUCGCACGCACGAUGUUGCUGAUUCCUUAGUUGCUCUUGUUAAACUCCUUCUUUCCAACGACACUGGUUUGAAGAUGCUUGAAAAUUGUGUUAAUUUCAAGAACGCGCUUACACUUUCAGUUCAUUCGCUUAGGAAACACGAUUCCCCACGUAAUGACAGUCCCGCAUGGUCUCAUUUCCGAACUGUCUGCAUGAUGAUGACUAUGUCACAAGGAAUUGGAAUCCUUCAGAAGUGGGACAUCCAACCGGCCCUUAUUACUCUUUCCUCGGCAAUCACAAACAUUCCUUCCGCUACAUUUGCGAUGUCUAUGCUUCAACUUUAUCCAGAGUUCGAUUUCGCAUCUCCCGUCUACAUGAAAUUCAUGUUAUCUCCAAAAGUCGAAAUCUCCCACAUUGCGAUUCAAUCUCUUCGAGAGAAACGUUUCGUGAAGAACUAUUUCGAAACAGCAUUCGUUAACUUGAUCAUUCCAUACUUUAAACAACUUGUUUCAACAUUCAAACAAGACCAGAUCAAUCAACGAAUUUCCCCAAUCUUGCAACUUUUAUAUGAAGUUGUUCAAGACGAUCCUAAAGCUACAGAAUACUGUGCAAACGACAAAGAAGUUCACAGCAUCCUUUGCAAGUACGGUCCCAUUGGAUACUCUUACAUCUUCUCCACUCCAACAGCUCUGAGCAACUGCACAGUCAGCGAUGUUGUCGAUUGGUGGAUGGAAGACGGAAACAAUGAUUACUUCCUCGCAUUCGACAAAGCUGUUGAACAGUCAUUCCUCAAGAAACCGAAACCUGCCGUUGAUGCUUAUCCAGGAUUGACACCAUUAGACGAAAAGACUAUUGUUCUUCCUCCUCAUUUGUUCGGAAUGAUGUCAAAGUAUGAGAAGGGUGUUGAGAUUCUUGCUGAACAAGUUCCAUAUUUGAUCCAAAUUCUCGAUAACAGUGUCAACAUCGAUGAUAUUCGCGGUGCAAUGUUUGCAUUGGCACAUUUCGCAUCAUCCCUUUUAUCUCUUGAAUACGUGAAGAAGUACAACAUUCCAGGAAAGUUACUUGAGACGGCGACUAACUCAAGUUCAUUAGUAAUCAGAGGAACAUUGAUCAACUGCUUCACAAUCAUCGCAGAAUCAGAGUAUUUCUACGACUUCCUGUCUGAAAACGGCUGGGAGCUUACAAAGUUUGGAGGCCAUUCGACAGCAGUUCCCAUCGAUGUCGACAAGUUCGUCAGCAGGUCAGACGAAGACGACGAAGAAUUAUCACAAGGCAUGGAGCUUCCUAAAGGUUUUGAACCUAUUUGCAACGCAGUUCUAGGUUUGAUGUCUCCAUUGCAGGCGAACCAAAGCAAAGCAGAGAUUUCUAAGUACAAAGAUCAAGUGAAGAACCCUAUCUUCGCAGCAUUCGUACACCACGCAAUAGGAAGAUACACAUACGCUGAAGACGUCAGGAAAUCUCUUGAAGGACUUGUCGAAAAUGUUCCUUUGAUGCCAAUCUACGAUAAGAACUUCUCUGAGAAACUUUGCAGCGAAGCACGAGCUCGAAUCGCUGGUAUUGCAAAGCGCGGCAUGAACGAAGCUGAAGGCAUCAGGAAGUUCGAUGUUAUUCCUAAUGACUGCACAGCCAAAGACAUGUGCAUUGUUUAUGGCGCCAUUUCAUGUGUCGAAUGGUUUGUUGACGAUGAAAGGCUUAAGUAUUUCACAGGAUGCCAGUCUCGAGACGAAUUCUAUGAGUUGCCUAUCGAUCGACUUGAAAAUCUCAGAAGAAGGAUCUUAGAGAACUUUUAA